UUUUCAUAUUUUUUUUUCUUGUUUUGUGCUCUCUUUCGUUUCGUUAUAGCCCCAACUUUCCUCCUCUCACUCACAAUUCUGAAUUCUCUCAUUGGAUCGCCGGGACCCGCCGCACGCCCGAUCAACGCGCCGGCAUUCCUACUAGGGUGUCUCGUCAUAUCGAUCUGGUAAGUUCAAACUCCUCUACGAUUCAAUCCAAAAGCUCGGUACAAUUCCUCUAUCAGAUCCAUCCCCUUUUCAUUUCAUUCACGGCGGCUACAGGGAAGAAGUCUCGCGUAUUGAUUAUGACAAAGGAGCCUAGGGCAAUGAUUCGAUGCAUGCCGGUUCAUCAUUUUCCACGAUCACCGUCCAAUCACGAGCUCGCUUUGAUUUGAUCCUGAAGCUCCACAAUCCAGCGCGAUCUUGGGGGUUGGCUUAUUAGCCUUAGGGUUAGGGUUUGUUGCAUCCAGGGAAACAUGUUCAAGAAAAUCAUAAAAGCCGGCCACCGGAAGCCCUCUAAGUCAGACGCGAACGACCCCUACUCAUACGGGUACGGCGCCCGGGGCCGCAACUCCGGGUCGGUUUCUAACCCCAAUGUGGUCGUCAACCACGCUUCCCGGGCUGGCCCGGCGACAUUGGGCCCCAAUUCGGGCGGUCCCACCGCGAUUCCGCCUAUGGCCCCGCCCUCGGGCACCGUUGAUCCCCUCCCGUUGUUCCGUGACGUACCUGUCUCGGAACGCCAGAGCUUGUUUAUCCGAAAACUACAGAUAUGUUGCUUCCAGUUCGAUUUCUCGGAUACCUUGAAAUCGGUCCGAGAGAAAGAAAUCAAGCGGCAAAGCCUCUUAGAGUUGGUUGAUUUCAUACAAUCCGGUUCGGGGAAAAUCACCGAGACGUGUCAGGAGGAGAUGAUAAAAAUGGUAUCGGUUAACAUUUUCCGGUGUCUGCCCCCGGCAUCCCAUGAGAAUACCGGCCAGGAAACUACCGAUCCCGAAGAGGAGGAACCGUAUUUGGAGCCGUCGUGGCCGCAUUUACAACUAGUAUAUGAGCUGCUGUUGAGAUAUGUGGUGUCUUCUGAUACCGAUACGAAGGUAGCCAAACGGUACAUUGAUCAUUGGUUCGUGCUAAAACUCCUGGAUUUGUUUGACUCGGAGGAUCCUCGGGAGAGGGAGUAUUUGAAGACAAUUCUGCACCGUAUUUAUGGGAAGUUCAUGGUGCAUCGCCCGUUUAUUCGUAAGGCGAUCAAUAAUAUAUUUUAUCGGUUCAUUUAUGAAACGGACAGGCACAGUGGUAUCGGGGAGCUUUUGGAGAUUCUGGGAAGUAUAAUUAACGGGUUUGCCCUGCCGAUGAAAGAGGAGCAUAAGUUGUUUCUGGUUCGUGCUCUUAUACCGUUGCAUAAGCCUAAGCCCAUCGCAUUGUACCAUCAGCAGCUCUCGUAUUGCAUUACGCAAUUCGUGGAGAAAGAUUACAAGCUGGCUGAUACUGUUAUCAGGGGUUUGUUGAAGUACUGGCCCGUCACCAACUGCCAGAAGGAAGUUCUCUUCCUUGGAGAACUUGAGGAAGUGCUGGAAGCUACACAAUCUGCAGAAUUUCAGCGCUGCAUGGUUCCUCUUUUCAGACAGAUUGCCCACUGCCUCAAUAGCUUUCAUUUUCAGGUUGCAGAACGAGCCCUCUUUUUUUGGAAUAAUGAGCAUAUAGUGAGCUUAAUUGCCCAGAAUCGGGGUGUUAUACUUCCAAUUAUCUUUGAGGCAUUGGAGAAGAAUAUUCAGAGUCACUGGAACCAGGCAGUUCAUGGGCUGACCGUCAAUGUUCGGAAAAUGUUCUUAGAAAUGGAUGCUGAAUUGUUUGAAGAGUGCCAGAGGCAGUAUGUAGAGAAUGAGGGCAGGGCCAGAGAGGUGGAAGAACAACGGGAGCUGACUUGGAAAAAACUUGCAGACUUUGCAGCACAGAGCACGGGAGAGGAUAUGGUUACAGUGUAGUAGCUGGAUUACUCGGGGUCGGGGUGGAAACAAUCAAAAAGAGAUUUGGUGGAUGGAAGAAGAUAAGAUAUUGAAUCUACUCUCCAUUUCCUGCUAUUCUUUUUCAGAAAAUUUUCGUAUUUUGUUUUUGAUCGGUUCGAUUAUUGAAGAUAGCGUAAGGAACAGCUGUUCGAUAAAAAUGUAAUUUAAGUGCAUGGAAUUUGUUAGGUAUAUGAUGUUAUUGUUAACAAUGAGUUUUGAAAUAUAUUUGUAUUCUUUUUUUUU